UAAGUAAAGCAGUUCCCCAGCUGAGACUGUCCCUCCUAAGCUGAAUCGCAGCUGUCUGAAGAGGAGUGGCCAGUCUCGGUGCGAUCUCUGGCUGUACCUUCUUACCUUCUUGGUGUGUAACUUAUAAACUCAGCAGACACAAACAUGGCAGGCACACCCAGCACACUGUUACGGAGCAGGCAUCUGCUGAAAGCUGCCGUGAUGGUCCUAGUGGCCUUUCUCUUCGUCCACUCAGCCUCAGCCCAGGCUCAUCGAGAGUUUGUCACACCUGGCCAACAGAAGAGGGAGGCCUCAGCUGAUAUUUUGACCCAGAUCGGCCGAUCUCUGAAGGAGACGUUGGAUACCUGGCUGGGGCCAGAGACCAUGCAUGUGAUUUCAGAGACCCUGUUGCAGGUGAUGUGGGCCAUCUCAUCAGCCAUCUCUGUGGCCUGCUUUGCCCUGUCUGGGAUUGCUGCCCAGUUGCUGAGUGCCCUGGGGCUGGAUGGUGAACAGCUCACCCAGGGCUUGAAGCUCAGCCCCAGCCAAGUCCAGACCCUUCUGCUGUGGGGAGCAGCGGCACUGGUCAUCUACUGGCUGCUCUCCCUGCUCCUAGGCUUGGUCUUGGCCUUGCUGGGGCGGAUCCUGGGGGGUCUGAAGCUUGUCCUCUUUGUGGCUGGCUUUGUGGGCCUGGUGAGAUCGGUGCCCGACCCCUCCACCCGGGCCUUGAUGCUCUUGGCCUUGCUGACUCUCUUGGCCUUGCUGAGUCGGCUCACUGGCUCCAGGAGCUCGGGAAGCCACCUGGAAGCCAAGGUGCGAGGGCUGGAGCGCCAGAUAGAAGAGCUUCGAGGGAGGCAGAGGCGAGCGGCCAAGAUCCCCAGGAGCGUGGAGGAGGAAUGACAAGGGCGCCCCAAAGUGACACCCUCACCAUACCAAAGAGCUGAGCUGCUUCUGGGCCUCCUGGCCCUCUUUGCAGCCCCCUGCCCUUUCCUUGCCUCGUGUCUGAACCCUUCACACCUUUACCCCUGCACUAGCCCCCGAGCUGAGAGAAGAGAACCUGCCCUCUGCCGCAGGUACUCAGUCAAGGGAUGGCUCCCUGCCCUUCCUCUGCUCCCAGCCUGCCUCCUCCCGGGGCAGGUCGGAGCCCUCAGCCCAGGCUUCUGCUCUCAGCCAGCACCACUGCCACAGAUCUCCGUGAUGAUUAACCUGCUGCUGCCUGGCUUCCUUACCAAAGGCCUUCCUAGGCUGAAGCUCCUGUUUGACCACACCCCCAGCUCUUUUCUCCCUAGUGCCCCCCCCCCCCAUACACACACACUACCAUCCCAAGUCCCGUGAGGCCAUCUCUGUCUUCCUCAUUGCACAGCAAUGGGAAGGGGCAGGAGAUUGGAGACCUGAGGCUAAGGGGGGGAGGGGCCAGCCCUGGAGGCCUGUGCGUGUCUAUGCUCUGUUACAAGUGCCUUCACAGGAGUCAGCAGCACCCUCCGACUGCCCCUCGCCACACUGAAUGUAGGAAAGUGUGCUGUGGCUACUCUGUGUUCAGAGUAAGCGUCCCUUGCAGAAUCCCCACUCCAGCAAACAAAGCAGCGGCCCAGAAGCUACCGUUGGUCAGUGUUGUGUCCCAGUAGCUGGGGAGGGCAUGGCUUUGCCCUGAUCUGUUCUACAGGGCUAGGAGUGAGCCCUCCACCAACCCCUCUCCACCACUUGCUCACUCUUGGCCUUGGCCUUUAGGGUCCUGGUGGAAGGAGGUGUCCUCUGCCAGCUCCAGCACCAGAUGUGAAGAAUAAAUGCCUAUUCUUACACAUAAGGUUUGAUGUGGAAUCAUGGCUGCAGGUGGUUUUAAAAUGCAUGCUAUUUUAUUAUCGUCUUCUGAAUAAAAUGUAUUUACUCAAAA